AUGAUUACGACUGAUCGAGGCGCGCAGUUUGAGUCCACACUUUUCCAAACUCUCCUUAACUUCCUGGGCUGCACACGUAUUCGGACGACGGCCUACCACCCAGCUGUCAACGGCAUGGUUGAGCGUUUCCACCGCCAGCUAAAAACUGCACUGCGUGCCGCAGAAGACCCCGAAAACUGGUCAGACAAUGUACCCGUUGCACUUCUUGGCAUUCGUGCGGCACUGGAGUCAGACUUGGACAGCAGCGCAGCCGAAAUGGUUUUCGGCACUACCCUCCGACGCCCUGGUGAGAUGGUCACCCCAACCUCUCGUGGUGCCGAAGAGACCCCCGAAAAUUUUGUGCAUAAUCUGCGACAAUUCAUGCGUUCGCUUUCCUCAGUUCCACCUCGAGCUCCAUCGACCGAGCCUUAUGUUGAAAAAGGCGUAGCCAACUGCACCCAUGUGUUCGUUCGGUGUGAUCGUGUUCGGAAGCCGUUAGAAUCACCAUAUGAAGGACCGUUCCGUGUGCUUGCACGUAACAGCAAGACCUUUCGGAUCCUGCGAGGUGACAAAGAGGACGUAGUCAGCAUCGACCGGGUCAAGGCUGCUGUUGCAGAAGAGUCCCCGUACGUGUCUCAAGGACAAGCAUGUGCUGACCCCAUACCUCCUCCCACUCCUUUUCCACUUUCCCCACCUAUCCCUCCGUCCCGUAUACUUCCUCUUCCUUCUUGUUUGCAGCAUCAAACUGAUACCUCUUCCUCCACCCUUAACUUGUCCACUACAACACCUACUCAGCUGCCUCCAACUGUGCCUCCCGCAUAUAUCACCCGCAGUGGACGUCACGUUCACUUUCCCGAUCGUCUAGUUACUCAUUUCUCCUAG